UUUGCCUCUGCAGCGACCACAGUUAUGAGUGAGUACCUAACCAUGGCUCAUUGAAGCAUAUUCCCCGCCCUGUCCCCGUCACGCCCUCUCCCGCAAUUGGCAUCGCCCAGCCUAGUUGGACCGCGUCUCUUGGUAUUCUCAACACCAUCGCUCGCAUACCAUCAGCCUCUGCGCCUGCAUCUGCAUCUGCAUCUGCAUCUGCAUCUGCAUCUGCACAGCUGGCCUUGUCCGCACAUUCCAGCCUGCAUCACCCUGGUGCAACCUGCAACCCACCCAGAGCUAAUCGUCGCGCCGCACAGAAAACAUCAAGAGAGACUUCCACCGCAUGGGACGCCACACCUCGUACCCCCAGAACCAGCAGCAGAACCAGCCGCAGACCAUGCCCGCCCCCAAUGGCCGCUACCACAACGAGACGACGCCGCUCAUCGGCCGCACCCAGAACAGCGAAGACGACUCGCGCUUCAAGACGCUGCCCAAGCACGUCGUGCACCUGACGUAUGCCACGCUCGCCAGCAACUAUGUCAACGUCCUGCUGGUCUUUGUACCCAUCGGCAUCAUCGCCGGCCUGAUGCACUGGAACCCCACGGCCGUCUUCAUCCUCAACUUCAUCGCCAUCAUCCCGCUCGCCGCCCUGCUGAGCUUUGCGACCGAGGAGCUGUCCGCCAAGCUGGGCCAGACGCUCGGUGGGUUGAUGAAUGCGACCUUUGGCAAUGCCGUCGAGCUGAUUGUCUCCAUUGUCGCCCUCAAGGACGGCGAGAUCCGCAUCGUCCAGUCGAGCAUGCUGGGCAGCAUCCUGUCCAACAUUCUGCUUGUCCUCGGUUGCUGUUUCCUUGCUGGCGGUAUCCGCGAGCAGGAGCGCAGCUUCAACGAGACGGUCGCCUCCACCAUGUCGUCGCUCAUGGCCGUCGCCUCGGCAUCGCUCAUCAUCCCCGCCACCCUCUACGCCGUCAUGCGCAACGGCGACAAGCACGACCCGGCCACUGACGAGAACAUCCUCGUCCUCUCCCACGGCACCUCCAUCAUCUUGCUGAUCCUCUACAUCCUGUACCUCUACUUCCAGCUCUACUCGCACCACAACCUGUUCGCCGAUGUCGAGAACCAGGGCGGCGAGGACGAGGAAGAGCCCCAGAUCCUGUCGCCCGUCGCCGCCGGUGUUGCGCUCGUUGUCGUCACCGUCAUGGUCGCCAUCUGCGCCGAGUUCCUUGUUGGCAGCAUCGACUCGAUUGUUGAAUCUGCAAACAUCAGCAAAACGUUCGUGGGCCUGGUCUUGAUCCCGAUUGUCGGAAACGCCGCCGAGCACGUCACCGCUGUCAUCGUCGCAUACAAGGGCAAGAUGGACCUCGCUAUCAACGUCGCCAUUGGCUCCUCGAUGCAGAUUGCCCUCUUCGUCACUCCCUUCCUCGUCCUCCUCGGCUGGGCCAUGCACCAGCCCAUGACGCUGCACUUCCAGGGCUUCGAGACAAUCGUCUUCUUCAUCUCGGUCCUGAUUGUCAACUACCUGAUCCAAGACGGAAAGAGCAACUACCUCGAGGGUGCCAUGUGCAUUGGUAUCUACGCCAUCAUCGCGCUGGCCUUCUACAUCUACCCCGACAACGCGAAUGGCGAACUCGGCCCCAAGUUCAUUGCGAGCUUCUUCGAGCGCUCAUAA